AGCGUACAUUGUACAACUUAUAUCUUCCAACUUCCAGCUUCACUGUUGACAUUUCUGUGUACAUACAUAGGAUGUCAGCACACUCUCGUCAGACAUGAAUGAUAAGAUUAGAUUCCGCAAACGUGUGUAGUUUGACCCACGCUAGCGUUCUCACUCAGCAAUCAGGGCAACAGUGUACCGCAAUCCUCUCAUUGCCAUGUCGCCAUAUCUCUACUUCAACCACUACCACCACCUUCACCAUGUCGGUGUCCGAUGCGGUUGAUCGUGAACGACAGCCACUUUUGACCAAGGCUGCCGAUGACCCCACUCUGGUCGAUGAGAAUACCGAAGGGACAGGAGUUGCUUCCGCUGGGUCCCCGCCAGAGAAGAAGCGAAGUUGGUGGUCCAUUGGAUGGUAUACUGUUGCAACGGUUGUUGGGCUUUUCUUGCUCGCCAUCUUCAUCAAGGGAUUCAUAGAUGCCGACGAUGUCGACUUCGAUCUGAAGAAAGCUCUGAUGAGUGCUUUGGGCGGUGGGCUCAGUGGGGCUGCAGCCAUGAUACUGCAGGUCCUGACCCUCAUGCCCAUUCGUACUGUUAUGAACUAUCAGUAUCGCUAUGGGACACAUAUGACGACUGCCAUCAAGACGCUUCACGCAGAUGGUGGCUGGACUCGGUACUACCAGGGUCUUACAGCUGCCCUUAUCCAAGGGCCUGUUGCUCGCUUUGGUGAUACCGCCGCCAAUGCAGGAAUUCUUGCCUUGCUUCAGUCGAACUCAUAUAUGAAGAAGCUCCCCGCAUUGAUCAAGACUAUCUUCGCUUCGCUGGCUGCUGCUGGUUUCCGAAUGAUCUUGACUCCAAUCGAUACCGUGAAGACUACUCUGCAGACGCAGGGCAAGGCUGGAUGGCCGAUUUUGAAAACUAGGGUUAGGACGUACGGCAUUGGCACUUUGUGGUACGGUGCCGUCGCAACUGCAGCAGCGACGUUCGUCGGUCACUACCCUUGGUUCGCUACAUAUAAUAUCCUCGAUGUUAACCUACCUCAACCUACGACUAUUGUUGAGAAGUUCGUUCGCCAAGCAUUCAUUGGUUUCUGCGCAUCUGUCAUCUCUGACACGAUCUCCAACUCGUUACGAGUGGUGAAGACAUACAGACAAGUGAACGAGACACGAAUCGGAUACUUUGAAGCUGCUGAAGCGGUGAUUGCUACUGAUGGUUUGAAAGGUUUAUUCGGUCGUGGAUUGAAGACGAGGAUAUUGGCAAACGGUCUUCAGGGCUUGAUGUUUUCGGUUCUCUGGAAGUUGUUCUUAGAUAUUUGGAACGACAAGACGAAGUAGACCUGUAUUCACUUUAUAUCAUACUGGUAGAUGGAUAUACUACCUGAAUCAUAUUGCUAUUCUGAUUAGAUGCGGUUCAUCUGCUUCCUGACAAGCUCUCUAGCCUCAUCCCAACCAUCCCAGCAUAAAGCUAGCCUCACAGU